UUGAGCAAAGUAUUAGCGGUUAUAAGGCGCCUCCGUCUUUUAUAUUUUCUAACUUUUUCUUUUCUCGUUGAUACAAACAGAUUUUCUUCUCAAAGGCUCAGCUCGGAUACACUAAUCCUGAAGAACGCGGUUGGCGUAAUCCUCCCGGUAAUCAAGACUUGGGGUAAACUGGCCGGGAACAAAAGGAAAAAUCAUAAUUCAUCCAAAUUUUUUCACUCGAGCCUUCAACUGGCGCGGGGAAAUUGUUUCGAAAAAAGGUCAACGCACACAACUCGCGGCGAAGGGAAGAAAAAUGAAAAUUUAAACAAAUUUAAAACAGAUUCGAGCUAAAGGGCUGAGGAUUCUCGACACUCGGACACCGUGCGCCCCGAAAAAUUGAAAUAACAUGUAAACCAGUCCACCAUAAUACUACUCUAAAAAAUAGGAGAUAUGUACCUAGAUCCAACUAACUAUCAAUACUUGAGAUGAAAAUUACUGACAAUGAAACAAGUUGCGACGCAGAUCCGAGAUGAGUUCGGAUUGUUUUUGUAUCCAUCUGUACGAAUUGCAUUUGCAAUGCUGCGGAUUCGGCAAUUCGAAGACGUGCAGCGUAGAUGUGCAGCGGUGUAUAUAGAAUAUAGAACAAGUACGGGGGUGAAAUGUUUGGCACGUGGGCCAGGACGCAUGCGUUUCGCGUUUCUUCCUGGAGAACUGCGAUCCACGAGCCAGUCACUGUCUGAACUUCGGGUCGCGUUAAUGUUGUAAUCGAAUGCUACCAAAAAAAAUGACAAUAAUAAGGUUGAUCCUGAUAUCCUGCAGUGUGACUUUCUGGCUGAUUUUUAUACCUUGUGUCGAAGGACGACAGAUGAGGAAUUUGGAAUUUCGAGGAAAAUUGUCAUCGCUUCAUCUACCGAUAGCGACCGAAGAACUCAACAAUGAACAAAAAGAUUUUCCAAGAUUUGCCGAACCAAUACCAAACGUGACCGUAACGAAAGGACGAGAUGCUUUGCUAGCUUGCGUUGUGGAAAAUUUACGGAACUACAAGGUGGCCUGGGUCAGCGUUGAUACGCAGACAAUUUUGUCGAUUCAUCAUAGCGUGAUAACGCAAAAUUCCCGCAUAUCCCUAUCCUACAAUGACCACCGAUCAUGGUAUCUUCAAAUAAAAAAUGUUCAAGAGGAGGAUCGCGGAUGGUACAUGUGUCAAGUGAAUACUGAUCCGAUGAGAAGUCGUCGCGGGUAUCUUCAGGUGGUAGUACCACCGUCAAUCGUUGACAAAGAGACGAGUACCGACAUGAUAGUUCGAGAAGCUUCGAACGUCAUUCUGAAUUGCAAGGCCGUUGGAUAUCCGGAACCUUAUGUUAUGUGGAGACGAGAGGAUGGCAAAAAUAUCAACUACAACGGGGAAACAGUGGAAGUGGUGAACGGAGAAGUGCUUCAUAUCGCGAAGAUCAGCCGACUUCACAUGGGGGCGUACCUUUGCAUCGCAUCCAACGGCAUACCGCCGUCAACGAGUAAAAGGAUCGUAUUACUCGUACAAUUCCCUCCGAUGUUGUCGAUACCAAAUCAAUUGGAAGCAGCCUAUAUGGGGCAGGACGUUACACUGGAAUGCCACACCGAGUCCUUCCCCGCUUCGAUCAACUAUUGGACAACGGAGCGUGGCGACAUGAUUGUCUCGGUUUUUGUUUCAGGCGAAAAGUACGAAGCCGUGUCCAUGGAGAACGGGUACAAUCAGUACAUGAUGCUGAAGAUAAGAAAUGUUAGCCAAAAAGAUUUUGGCUCCUAUAGGUGUGUCGCCAAAAAUUCACUGGGAGAAACCGAUGGGUUCAUCAAACUGGACGAGAUUCCAGCUCCUUCCACAACGACAACGCAAGUUUCGCCUCACGUGACGUCAUCAAUCAAAAAAAGCGGGAGAAAUGGAAAAAAGCCACGUCAACGGCCUAUCGACUACGAAGUAGAGGAAUGGAGAGAUCCAGAUUACGACGGGGACUACACUCUUGUCUCGCAGCAAACGCCCGGUGAGAUUUGCGAAGAUUCCGGCGAGGCGGCUAGUCCGCUGAGAAUCAAAGGAAUUGAGACAAUUUUUCUGCUCUUUCUAACCCUAACGCUUCAGAUAUUUGCCGCCAGAAGAUGAUUCUUACGUUCCGGAUGGGGCUUCCAGUUAGUGUUUAUUAGGCGGUACGAACGGCAGCGAUAAGAUUUCUGCCGUUAGAAAAGUGUGCUAAAUUAUUUUCAUACUAAACAACUUAUAAAUAAGUAUAAAAGUUAUUAUUAAACAUAAAAUCAUUUAAAACAGAACGUAUACAUAUAUAUAUGCACACAUAUAUAUAUGUAUAUAUAAUAUAUAUAUAUAUAAACAAAUACUCGAAAAAUAAAUAUAUAUAUAUAUAUACAUCUGAAUUCAAACGAAUAAGGGUUACAGAGAAGGACGAAAUGAAGAAGAAUAGAGGAUAGAGUUCGAAAAUAUUGAGGUAAAAGAAAACCAGAUGUUAAUAAUAUAAUUAUAAAUUAUCAGUUACAAAACGCUUCAGGUGAUGACGGUGUCGGUAUAUCAAGGAAAGUAUAUACGAUAUACAUAUAUAUAUGAAUGUAUGUAUAUGUAUGGUAUAGCAGAGAUCACGUGAAUAUAUAUAUAUAUAUAUAUAUAUAUAUUUAUUCAUAUAUAUGUAUUCGAUGUAUAAUACAUACUUUAUAAUGAAAAUAAUAAUUAUAAUGAUAAUAACGAUACGAUCCUACGUGGCGCUGCAUUUCAGCGUAAAUCCGAAAUCAAUGCUGCAGUAUAACCAAACGCGACCGUGUAACGUACAUCACGUAUAUCGUACGGGUGUACGUGUCAUGUACUUUGGUGUAUUGUACGUACGUACAAACAUGUGCGUAUACGCACGUAUGUGUACCCCCUGUAUAAUUUUAUGCGUACCUAUCAUGAUACCGGUCCGAAAAUCAUUAAUUAUGGACGGUAUGUUCCGAUUACUGUAUACCACUGUAGUCCUUUUAUACCUAAAGAUAACGCUCGGCAUUUGUCAAUGUGCAACUAAUUACACCAGGCUGUCGCUCUCAACUGUAUAGGAAAAUUGCAUAAAAAUAAUCUGUAUAACAUGUGCGCGACGCGCGUAUGACGUAGAAUCCAUUACGAUGUAUCGUGUAUGUAAAUAAAUAACGUCGUAUAAUUCGACGAUUCGCGAUCCGUGGAGGUAGGGAAACAGACAAUUGAGAAAAAAGAAAGAAGUAAAUUAGGAAACGUUUUUAUAUUAUUUUUUUAUUCAUUUGAUUUAUUCAUUAAUUAUUUUUCUACUUCAUUUUUCUCGUCCAUAGCCGCAUCGCUUACUAUCGUAAUGGCCGUUUUAUUCAUAGGCUUAUAUUGUUCUGAACCGCAUCUACACAGAACGCAACAAUAUCUUCUUCAUCACACAAUACACAUAUACAUAUUAUCGUGAAUUGCAUUAUUUCAUAUUAUAUAUGGGAUGUGUCUUUGUAGAAUUAGAACUAAUCGUCAUUCCACAUACUAUACACGUGUAUAAAAGGAUAUUUCCAAUCGACGGCGAAAAGAUUGAGGUCUGGAUGAAAUAGGAACUUAUCACAUGCGAAUUCAUGUAUGGGACAUUCAACGUCAAGGACCCACGCUAUACCUACUGUCGGCGCGUAAAUUUCAGAUCCCUCGGUUUGGAGUUUCAUAACUACGAAGAAAAAAAUGAUAGAGUAGAAAUUCAAAAAAGAUUCAAAGAUUUGGAGUAUUCUAUGAAUGAUGAUUAAUUUUCUAAUUUCAAGAAAAAAACCCAACCACAGUUAUGACCACCGAAAAUUCGGAAAACGUUACGUGCACGUGUUUUUUAAUUUGGCCUCUCCGACGUUUUCAAAGUUUUUCCAAGUCACCGGAGUAUUUGGCGGCAACGACGAUAGUCGAAAUGUAGUACGUCACACCCACGUUUUACAACGCAUGAAAAAUCAUCGUUUCGUGAUUAUCGUAACUCUCGUACGAUCGGGCGGAACUCAUGUUUUCCGAGUCAUCGACUACUUGGCGUACAAUAAUUUCGUAUCACCGUUUCGCCACCCGACUUAUUAUUUCCCCGGUGAAUUUUAUCGGUAAGUCGAGGGCGCGGGUAAGAAACAAGGUCGGCGUACAUUCGAAUAUUUCAAAUACUACUAGGGCGUAUACAUAUGCAGGCGGGUAGGUGAGUAAGUAGACAUAGCUGGGCACGAGAAGUUCCACUCUCGAAACGACGGUAGUCACUCGGAGCAGAGUAAAUAUUUUUCUUGAAUUGCUCUAAUAGUACAGGCGAGUACGGUGGCCGUAACAUCCCACGAACAUUAUUACUCCCGUGUCAUUUUCUUUCGCCGUUUUUAUUUAUCUAUUCAUUCAUUAUCUAUUUUCUCCAUCCCCCUCCCUAUUCAUUUAUGUAAAUAGCGAAUGAACGAGCUAUCUGCGUCAUCUAAUCGACGACUAGCAUCCGAAGCGGGAGUGUGUCACCCGUAUUUGUUCGACGUUCGAUAAGACUUUUGUCACAAGUUUGUUUCCCACGAAGGCGAAUAAAUUCGUGAAACAUCGCAACGACGACGCUACGGAUGGAAAUUGACUGAAAAAAUGUUGCAUUUUAUGUCGCGAACAUCACACUCGUCAGGUAUCGAGCCUGUCUCUCUUGCGCACAUCUCUUACGCACAAUCAUCGAGAAAAAACUCAUUACAUGAAUUAGUGAGAGAAAACGAACUCAGAGGUUAUCGCGCGACGUCAUCGGCCAGCCGAUAGAUUUAAAUCACGUAAUUCAUCAUUCAUUUCCUUCUCAUUGUGAAUAUCUGAAAUAUUAUUUCUCAAAAACACUUCGGAUCGACUUUGAGCGUAGAAUUGAAACUUGUCCUGUCGACAUCAAUUCUAGACUUUAAUCGUAUACCUAUUAUUGACGUCCUGCAGCAGCUGCUUUGAUGUUUGAUUAAAAUACGACAAUUUGUAAGACGCUUGUUCAGUAUUAUGUCAGCGAUGUAAUCGAUACUAGUUACAUUACGCGAUAAAAAAAAAAAAAAAAAAAAAAAAACAAAUAAAAAAAAUCAAAUAAAACCAAAGGAAAAAACAAAGAAAAAGAAUAGUUAAAUUAAAUAUAUAUAUAUAUAUAUAUAUGAAUCAUGUACACACAUCGAUCGAGAUCACCACGUAUAUAGUCAUUUGCAUACGAUACGUAUCAUAGUUGAAUUAUAUGUAUGUAAUAAAAAUUUGUACUUAAAUUAUACCUAAUCCGCUUUCGCCAAACAAUCAUUAUCUCGAUCAAGUACAUAGCUGUAAUGGAUUAACGUAAUAGAUGCAUUUAUCAUUACAUAUACUAUACAUUUACCUAUACAUUUAUAAUAGUUCGAACGCAAUCAAGCUGAUAUUCAGCGACCAAAAACGGUGUUCACAAUUUAAACAAAAAUAAUUAUUCAACUUCUACGUCUUCUCUUAUCGACGAUUCGAACUCUUCAUUAUUUCGAAAAAGGGGGUGAAACGAUCCGCCGGUCUUGAAAUUUUUUAAAAUUUGAUACAAAACAAAAAUUAAUAAAAAAUAGAAAUUUGUAAAGUGUAAAAAAAUUGUGAUGAAGAUAAAAAAAAAUAAUCAAGUGAUACGUAUAUCAUUGAAAUGGUGUGUUCGACUACUUCACCUGUAUAAGUAGAGCAGAGAUAAGAAAAAAAAAAAAAAAAAAUGAGCGAUUAGGGCACGUUUUACUUGCUCGAGUAAUUUUGAAUGACGGAAGCGGACCGAAAUCCGUAGCGAAAUUUUAAGUCACGAACGAACGCGAGAAAAGUCGUCGUUUUGCACGUACAUGUUACAGCGCUUUUUAACACAUUUACGCACAGCUUUUAUCGAGUGAUGAUUUCACUCAAUCUUCCGUAGUAUAAUUUCGCAUAAUUUGAUCUCGUUUGAACUUUAUCCUGGCAACAUACGCGGGUAUGAUAAGUAGCAUCGAUUUGAUUAAUUUUGUAUUUUCUUCCCACGGCGAUGAUUCAUUGGAAUUUCAUCUAUAGCGUGAAUCAAUUUUACAGGAUUUCACUCGUAUAUUGUAAAUGUGUACAAGACAUCGAAAAAAAAGAAGAACAAUGAAACACUGCCCGCAUGUUGAUUAUAGUCGCGGAAUGCGCGCCACUAUUUUUUCACGUUCGUUCAAAGCACGGUGUACAGAUCGUAGCGGUGAAGGAGUAUGAUUAUCGGUAAAAUUAGAUAUCUAAUUAUAAGAAGUGCAAAAAGUUUAGCAAAAAUAAAAAAAAAACAAAACAAAACAAGAGAAAAUACAAAAACAAUUGGCUCACCGAUGUAAGUAUGUAUGAACAUUAUUCGACUGGACUGAACUUAAACCGUAACGUUCGGGAGCCUGAAAGCUGUGUGUAAUAUAAUACCGAAGAAAAUGAAUCAAUGAAUAAAUGAACGACUAAAUAAAUCAUAGAGAGGUAGAACGAAAGAAGGAGAGAAAGAAAAAAAGAAAGAAAACGAAGAAUCGAUUCUGACUAGUGGAGAGAAAAAAAGGGCGGCCAGGUGUCCCUGUACGCUCUCUUUUCAGAGGUCGUAUCGUCCUCUGCGACGGUAAUGAGUGAGAUCGAAAGGGUUGAGGUCACAAGGUCGCUGGGGACGCGUACUUGGUCAUGAGUUUGGGACUGUCGGGCGUGUAUAUGUAUAUGUAAACCUUCGAUAGAGAAAAGAGUUCUGCGAACGUAUUGAAGAUACAAACCUAAUAUACCUACGUCCAAGUGAUCUAGUGACACGAGCUCGAACCUUCGCGUCAGUAGCGUGUCAAAGGUCCGGAGACGACUCCUGUCUCGUGACAAGCUGGGUUAUAUAUACCUUAUAUAUACCACUGACAAAUAUUACCAAACCCGUGUCAUCCCGUCACGCGAACGCGUCGGCACGUAACUCGCUGUUUGUCGUAUGAUUUUUAUUUUUAUUUCCACUUUGUCCUUUCUUUUCUUUAUUUUAUUUCAUUUUAUUUUAUUUUUUUUUAUUAUUCCGCCAUGCGGAGGCAACGUUGAUUGGAAAUAGAUAAAACCCCUCGGAUAUUCGUAUUCACAUGUAGAUCGACCCGCUCGAGGAACGAGAGUCUUGUCAUCUAGCUAAUACUAUCUGUAAAUAAAAUUUUUUCUUGUCCUCGAGGUGCACGACGGUCUAUGAGUCGAACGGAUAAAAUGUAACGUGCAGGCCAGAGAUGUAACACUGGCGCAGGCGCCUUUUUGCUGAUUUCAAAAUCUCGUAACGACAGUCAGAAUUUAGUGCAUUCAUUGUGAUGGAUAAUAAAGCGAAGUAAAUGAUAUGUUACCUUAAUGAAAAAUGAAAAUUAUAUUAGUUUAUAGUGAAUUGUAGCGGUAUUAUAGUUAAAAUAAAGAAGUAAAUAAAAUAAACUAAAUAUAAAAUCAAAUAAAAUAAAAUAAAUCAUAAAUUGAAUUAUUGUAUCCGAUGUAGAUAAUAAUUUGUUGUAUUUAUUGAUAUUACAUAAAUAUGAUUGAGGCAAACCAACAAAACAAAUAUAUUAUAUAUAUACAUAUUA